GUACCCAUAAGGACUUGAACGGAGGUGCGAAGGGCUCCAAUUUCUUGAUGAAUGGUAUUCUCUUGAAGUUGGGGCAAGGUUAUUUUUCUGGCAUUGACUUGGAGGAGAGAGGUGACGCAACUGGGACCGCUGUUCUCUAUAGGCUUCUUGAAGCUUGGAAAGCUCUUCACGAAGGCAAAAGGAAUUUUGAGCAGUUGGAUGAAAGUAAUACGCUCAAAACUUGGGAUCUUAAAUAA